CAAAACUCAAAACCAAAUAAAACUAAUCCCAACUUUGACACUCUUCCCGCUCUACACUCUCACAAAUGGACCUCCUCCUCUCAUUCCUCCUCCUCCUCCUCUCCACUUCCCUCCUUCACUCCUCCUCCGCCGCCGCCAAUGACACGGCGGCGCUGGCCUCCUUCCGCUCUCAAACCGACCUCCACGGCGCCCUUCUCUCAAACUGGACCCCCACAACCACCCCAUGCACUGCCAAUUGGCUCGGCGUAACAUGCACCAACGGCCGCGUCGCCGCCGUGUCCCUCCCCUUCCUCAACCUCCGCGGCCCCAUCGCCGCCCUCUCCUCCCUCGACCAGCUCCGCUUCCUCGACCUCCGCGGCAACCGCCUCAACGACUCCCUCUCCCCCCUCUCCAAAUGCCUCAACCUCAAGCUCCUCUACCUCUCCGGCAACGACUUCUCCGGCGAUAUACCGCCGCAAUUCUCAUCCCUCCACCGCCUCCUCCGCCUCGACCUCUCCAACAACAACCUCCGCGGCCACAUUCCCGCUCAACUCUCCAACCUAUCCCGCCUCCUCACCCUCAAUCUCCAAGAAAACAAACUCUCCGGCCAAAUCCCAAACUUCAUCGAUUCCCUUCCACACCUCACACAGUUAAACCUCUCAAACAACGAGCUCUCCGGCGUGCUGCCGGAGACCCUGCUUUCGCGAUACGGCAACAGCAGCUUCUCUGGCAAUCAAGCCCUCUGCGGGAAGACCCCUCUUCCCGACUGCUCAACCAUCGCCGAUAAGCCCUCAUCCCUUCCCAAAACAACCGUGCCGUCGAAUCCGACCUCUCUCCCUCCGCCGCCGAAGAAGCAUCACCGCCGGCUGAGCAGAGGCGAGAUCAUAGCUUUGGUGGCGGCGAAUUUGCUCCUGCUAUUGGUGAUCGCGUCGUUUGGGAUGCUCUGCUGCUGCUGCAAGGCCUCCACCGACGCGAGCUCGACCGCGGCCGGCAGCGACGGAAGGAAGCGGAGCAGCAGCUGCUCGAGAGCGAACGGUGACAGCGACGGCACCGACAAGAGCAAGCUCGUGUUUUUUGACAGGAAGAGGCAGUUCGAGCUGGAUGAGCUUCUCCGAGCAUCUGCGGAGAUGCUCGGAAAAGGGAGCUUAGGUACGGUGUACCGAGCUGUUCUCGACGACGGCAGCGCCGUCGCCGUGAAGCGGCUCAAGGAUUCGAAUCCUUGCACUAGAAAAGAAUUCGAGCAAUACAUGGAUGUGAUUGGAAAGCUUCGGCAUCCAAAUGUAGUGAGAUUAAGAGCUUAUUACUAUGCGAGAGAAGAGAAGUUGCUUGUUUAUGAUUAUCUGCCUAAUGCCAGCCUUCAUUCACUUCUUCAUGGGAUGAGAGGGCCGGGAAGGAUCCCGCUGGACUGGACGACGAGGAUCAGCUUGAUCCUCGGUGCAGCACGAGGGCUAUCGAAAAUCCAUGAGGAAUAUGCAGGUUCUAGGAUUCCUCAUGGCAAUGUGAGAUCAUCCAAUGUUUUGUUGGACAAAAAUGGCAAUGCUUGCAUUGCUGAUUUUGGGCUGUCGUUGCUGCUGAACCCGGUCCAUUCCAUAGCUAGAUUGGGAGGGUACAGAGCUCCGGAGCAGGGUGAGAUGAAGCUCCUAUCACAAAAGGCUGAUGUGUAUAGCUUCGGAGUUUUGCUGCUUGAAGUGCUCACAGGGAAAGCCCCUUGUCCUGCUGGGACGAAGGCCGGGCAGGAGGAGGAGUUGGCAGUGGUGGAUUUGCCGAACUGGGUGAGAUCUGUGGUGAGGGAUGAAUGGACGGCUGAGGUGUUCGAUCAAGAACUGUUGAGGUACAAGAAUAUUGAGGAGGAACUGGUAUCUAUGCUGCAUGUGGCGAUGGCGUGUGUGGUGGCUCAGCCAGAGAAGAGGCCGGCAAUGAGGGAGGUGGUGAGGAUGAUAGAGGAGAUGAGGGUGGAGCAGUCGCCGUUGGGGGAGGAUUAUGACGAGUCACGCAACUCACUCUCGCCAUCGCUCGCCACCACUGAAGAUGGAUUCGCUUGAUUGCCGUUGCUACUGAGCUUGCAGCGUCUCGUUGCAGAUUUGUUUGUUUAAUUUUAUUAUUAUUGGGGAUGUUGUGUUGAUCUUUAGUCACUCCGAAUUCAGAUGUUGUGAUUCAGUUUUAUUAUUUCCAUGAUUGUUGUGAAAAGGGCUCUGAUCUAGUUAAUAAUCCAUGUUCUGCUGCAAAAA